GCAAAACCAGCAAAAAGUGGAGAGAGAAAAUUUAAAAAAGAAAACAAAUGGAAAAUUGUAGAGAGAGAAAAGUCACAUUACAUACGAGCAGUGAGAAAGAGAGAGAGUCAGAGUAUAUAAAUAGAGGGAAGAAGUUGGCAGAAGUUGCAGAGCAAAAAUAGGAUCUUCUCUCUGUUGGGGUCUCUGCAAAUGCUUCUACCUGAUUGCCACUCUCUCUCCUGAGCUAGGAGAUCCCCCUUUCUCUCUAGAAAUCAGAGAAAAAACUCCAUUAAUUCCCCUCUUCUUCACAGAACAGAGCAAGCCCUUUUCUUUCUCUGGCUUGAAACAAUUGAGGAACCCAUCAAUUGACGCUCUGCUAUGGCUUCUGAACUGAUCUACAGAGGCCAUGACGAACCCCUACACCCCAACUCCUCUGUGUAUUCUCCGAAACCCACAAAGCCAUGGUCUCUAUUUCGCUACCUUCUCAAAGAACAACGUUUGAUCUUUGGCUUUGUAGGUUUCGCCAUAGCCUCUCUCUUCUUUACUCUGAAACCCAUUUCAGGAACACCUUCAGUCCCCUCUGAUUCUAGUGUUUUUGUUAUGCCCGAACCCCAUAGAGAGCUCUUACCAACUGGUUUCAUGUUUCAGGAUAAGGGUUUUAAUGGUGAGUUUAGGUUGGGUUCAGGGAAAGUGCCUCUGGGUUUGAAGAGAAAGGGUUUGAGAGUCGUGGUUACAGGUGGUGGCGGCUUUGUAGGAAGCCAUUUGGUCGAUCGACUAAUGGCAAGAGGUGACUCUGUUAUUGUUGUUGAUAACUUUUUCACUGGGAGGAAAGAGAAUUUGAUGCACCAUUUUGGCAACCCUCGAUUCGAGCUCAUAAGGCACGAUGUGGUGGAGCCGAUCUUGUUAGAGGUUGAUCAGAUCUAUCAUCUUGCAUGCCCUGCUUCUCCGGUUCAUUACAAGUUCAAUCCAGUCAAGACUAUCAAGACAAAUGUGGUUGGGACAUUGAACAUGUUGGGCCUUGCCAAGAGGGUUGGAGCUCGCUUCCUACUCACCAGCACCAGUGAAGUCUAUGGUGAUCCCCUGCAACACCCCCAAGUCGAGACAUAUUGGGGCAAUGUUAAUCCUAUAGGUGUUAGGAGUUGCUAUGAUGAGGGAAAACGGACUGCAGAGACACUAACCAUGGAUUACCACAGAGGUGCUGGUGUUGAGGUGAGGAUUGCUCGGAUAUUCAACACAUAUGGGCCACGUAUGGGUAUUGAUGAUGGCCGAGUUGUGAGCAAUUUCGUUGCUCAGGCUCUGCGAAAGGAACCGAUGACUGUGUAUGGAGAUGGGAAGCAAACCAGGAGUUUCCAAUAUGUUUCCGAUCUGGUUGAGGGUCUGAUGAGACUCAUGGAAGGGGAGCAUGUUGGGCCAUUCAAUCUCGGCAACCCUGGGGAGUUCACGAUGCUGGAACUCGCACAGGUGGUACAAGAGACAAUCGACCCAAAUGCAAGGAUCGAUUUCCGGCCAAACACAGAGGAUGAUCCACACAAGAGGAAGCCUGACAUUGGCAAGGCAAAGGAGCUUUUGGGUUGGGAGCCAAAGGUGGCCCUACGCCAAGGUCUCCCUCUCAUGGUCUCUGACUUCAGGACUCGCAUUUUUGGCGACCACGCCGAUGGCUUUGGGGCUGCUAACUCUGGCAAUCCUUCCCGCGUUGCGUCUUCCAAGUCGGCCAAGGCUUGAUGUUUCUUUCUCCCUCUACAUUUGUUUCACUCCCUCUCUCACUAUAUAUGAGGCAUGCCUUGGGGAGGUUGCUUCCCAUGUCUGCUUUGAAUCC